CGCCUUACCUCCCCGGGUUUCACUUUUCAAGAUGGCCGCCGCAUCAGCCCGGGGUGUCUCCGCGCUCCGUCGCUGCUGCCUCCUGGGACUCCCGGUUUGAUCAUCUCGACGUCGCUCCUGCUCUUCGCCUGCAGCCGCUUGUGUCUCCUGCUAGGACUCUCCUAAGGUUAUCGUCACGCCAUACCAAGACUGGUGGACUUUGGCGAGGUUGGCUUGAGAGGAGCUUGGUGUGUGCUAUGGUGAGCCAGCCUCCGGGCAGCGCCAGCCUCCUUUCAUCCCUCCAGGACCAAGGAUAAACCUCUAUGGAUAUACAGUCAUCAUGGUGAAGCUGGCUAAUCCUUUGUAUACGCAAUGGAUCCUGGAGGCCAUCAGGAAGGUGAAGAAACAGAAGCAGCGCCCCUCGGAGGAGCGCGUCUGCAACGCCGUGUCCACUUCGCACGGCCUGGAUCGCCACACUGUCUUGGAGCAGCUGGAGCUCAGUGUAAAAGAUGGAACAGUACUUAAGGUUACCAACAAGGGGCAGAACUCCUACAAAGACCCUGAUAACCCAGGCCGCCUGGCACUACCUAAGACUGUCAGGAACUCGGGGCGGCCAGAGGGUUUGGACUGGCAGUGGCUCUUGAGGAAGGCACUAGAGGGGCUCUCCGAGCCUGGGGGCUCUUCUCUGAAGAGCAUUGAACGCUUUUUGCGUAGUCAGAGGGAUGUGGUGGCAACCUAUGGGGGCAAUACAAGUCCAACUUCAGCUUUCCACCAGCAGUUACGGCUUUCUAUCAAGCGGGCUCUGGGCCAUGGGAGAAUUAUAAAGGAGGGCGCCUUUUACAGGCUGAAUUCCAAGCUGAUGGAGGUCAAACUAGGAUGGGAAUGCUUGGCCUCGCUGCCACCAGUGUGUUUACUGCCUCAUGAAAAAGACAAGCCGGUCGCUGAGCCCAUCCCAAUAUGCAGUUUUUGUCUAGGAACAAAGGAGCAUAAUCGAGAAAAGAAACCAGAGGAACUCAUAUCAUGUGCGGACUGCGGAAACAGCGGUCACCCGUCCUGUCUCAAGUUCUCUCCAGAGCUGACAAUACGUGUUAAAGCCCUGCGCUGGCAGUGUAUUGAAUGCAAGACCUGCAGUUCGUGCCGGGAUCAGGGCAAAAAUGCUGACAAUAUGCUAUUCUGUGACUCGUGUGACCGAGGGUUUCACAUGGAAUGCUGUGAGCCGCCUCUUACAAGAAUGCCGAAAGGCAUGUGGAUAUGUCAGAUUUGUCGACCUCGGAAGAAAGGUAGAAAGUUACUUCACAAGAAGGCUGCGCAGAUCCGCCGACGUUACACUAACCCCAUAGGGCGCCCUAAGAAUCGUUUAAAGAAACAAAGUGCAACGACUAAAAACCCUUUUGGAAAAGGCCGUGGCGGCCAAGGCAGAGGAAGGAAGCGCAAGAUGUCGUCUUGUACGUCCUCGUCAUCAGAGGAAGAUGGCAGGAGCUCCGACCCCUCACAUGGCUCCUCCUCUGCCGUUCCUUUCAACAAGAAGACAAAAGGUCUUAUUGAUGGGCUGACAAAGUUCUUCACCCCCUCUCCUGAUGGACGCAAGGCACGGCCAGAAUCAUUGGACUACUCCUUACAGCGUUCACGCAAGAGGGGACCGCGGAAGUCUGGACAGUCGGAUUGGGACAAUCACGACGGUUGGGAUAACAGAGGGGAUGGGGAUGAUCGUUUAGCAAUGGUUUCAGAUAAAGAAAUAGAGCUCUUUGAAGACAUCCAGCAGCAGGCACUGCAGAAAGUUGGUGUCAACGGCCCCCCGGACCCACAGGUUCGCUGCCCGUCAGUCAUAGAAUUUGGAAAAUAUGAAAUUCAAACAUGGUACUCGUCUCCAUAUCCACAAGAGUACACAAGGCUUCCCAAGUUGUACCUAUGUGAAUUUUGCCUCCGUUACAUGAAAAGUCAAACCAUGCUACAACAGCACAAGAAAAAAUGUGGCUGGUUCCAUCCGCCUGCCAACGAAAUCUACCGCAAGGACCACCUUUCUGUCUUUGAGGUGGAUGGAAAAGUGAGCACCAUCUACUGCCAAAAUCUCUGCCUUCUGGCCAAGCUCUUCCUGGACCACAAGACCCUGUAUUACGACGUCGAGCCCUUCCUCUUCUACGUGCUAACACAGAAUGACUCUAAAGGAUGUCACCUGGUCGGCUAUUUCUCCAAAGAGAAGCACUGCCAGCAAAAGUACAACGUGUCCUGCAUCAUGAUCCUUCCGCAAUACCAGAGAAAAGGAUACGGCCGCUUCCUCAUAGACUUCAGUUAUCUUCUGUCUAAACGAGAAGGCCAAGCCGGGUCUCCCGAGAAACCACUGUCUGAUCUUGGCCGACUGUCGUAUAUGGCUUAUUGGAAGAGCGUGGUGCUGGAGUGUUUGCACCACAACCGGGAGCAGCAGCUGAGCAUCAAUAAACUCACCAAACUGACGGGCAUUUGUCCUCAGGACAUCGCUGCCACGCUGCAGCAGUUGCACAUGCUGGAAUUGCGAGGGGACCGCAUUGUGCUGGUGCGACGAGAUCAGCAGAUCGACGCACAUAUGAACAAACUACAAGCCCGGCCACGGCAAGUGGAGGUAGAUCCAGAAGCUCUGAGGUGGACCCCAGUCAUUGUCAGCAACUCUGUCGUUUCUGAUGCUGAAGUGGAAUCCGACGAGGAGGAAGAGGAGACAGAAAGGCAACCAAUCAAUAACAACAAUCAGCCAGUGUUGAGAAGUAUGACCUUAGAAUACAAGGAAAGAGAAACAUGUCACACGCUGGAGAAAGAGAAGAGCCCACCAAGCUGUCCUCUCAGUCCGUUAUCUCCAGAGCCCUGCUUCCCACAUCCCCGUCAGUUCCAAGACUUAAUAUGCAGUUUGCCGGCUAACACUCGACCAGCAGGUAGAGGGCGACGAGGGAGACGUGGAAGAAGGGGACGAGCAUCCAACAGAAGCGCUGACCUGUUGCGGUUACUGGCGAGGGAAGCCCCGGGACCUCCUAGACGGACUGGUGAACGUGGCCGCUCCGGCUCUCGCAGGGGGAGGCUGAAAAGGCUGGCAGAUUCUGUGCUGCGAAGGGACUUCUUGGAACAUCAGCAAAGGCUUUCCCAGCGCUACGAGACGGAGCGCCCUCAGCUCAGACGGUUCAGCGAGAGCAGCGAGGAAGAGGAGGAUGAGGAUGAAGAGACUCACAGUCUACGUUCUGACUCCCCACCAAUACUGACCAAACCCACACUAAAACGGAAGAAACCUGGACCUCAUCGCAGGAGACGUGUGAGGAGGCGCAAGCACCAUCACAACAGCAGUGUUGUUACAGAAACCAUUUCUGAGACCACCCAAGUUUUGGAUGAGCCAUUUGAUGACUCUGACUCAGAGCGUCCGAUGCCAAGACUGGAGCCAGAAGAAGAAAGCAAUGGCCGUGGUGGCUCUUUACCACCAGAUUACUUCCCCUACCUCACCCCACACACUCUGCUAAGACGAAACCGCCCGUUAGGCAAAAGGAGAUCCAUCAGUCAACAGUUACAAUUGUCGUCAGUACAACCGCCUGCUGCAAACCUGAGGGCUGUAGAUGAAGCAGUUACUUUGCCGGAUCCUAAUCCUCCUCCUCCUCCUGUAAAGAAGAAAGGAUGGCCGAAGGGCAAGAGCAGGAAACCUCUCCACUGGAAGAAGCGACCUGGACGUAAACCAGGAUUUAAGCUGAAGCGGGAUCCACCACCAGAACCAGAGCCUACACAACCUGCUCCUUCCAGACCAGGACGCAAGCCCAGGAUUAGGGAAGAAGAACCACCUCCUGCAGAAGAUAAGAUCCCUGAAGUAAAGGAACCUGAAGAGGAGGAAGAGGCACCAGUGGAAGAUAAAAAAGCUAGUGAAGAAGAGGAGCCAGCCAUUGCUACUGUGCAGCCAGCAUCGCCAUCUGAAAGCAGCAGCAGCAGUACCAGUGGCAGUGAUAUUUCCUCCCGGGAAGCUGAAAACCAUCCGGCAUCUCCAGAACCACAGAGGGACACUAUUGAAGAGCCCCAACCUAUUGCUGAGGAAGCAGAGCCGGAAGAGGAGGAAGAGAGGGUGGUUGAUGAAAAGGAACCCAUAGUUGUACCAGCAUCUAACCAACAGGAAGAUCAUGAUGCAGAUGAUGAGGAUGAAGGGACAAAAGAGGCAGAUGAAAGGGAAACGUUACCACAGGACACUGUGCAUGAGGAAUCUGAACAACAAGAACCUAGUUUGGGAAGUAGUGAAGAAGAGGAGAAGGCGGAUGGUGAGCAGGAACCAACCGAGAGCAAUGAUCAGCCUUCAUGUCUAGAAGAGGAAGAGAACAGCCCAGAAAAGAUAGAAGAGGAACCCAAAGAAGAAGAGGAAGAGGAGGAAGAGUACGGUGAAGAAGAAAACCCCCACACAGAGCUCGAUUUAGAGACUGUGCAGGCAGUGCAAUCACUGACACAGGAAGAAGGGAGUGAGCGUGAUGAUGGGACCUAUGGGGAUUGUGAGGAUGAGACUCAUGCAGCUUGCCAGACUUUGCAGAGUUUUACACAGGCUGAGGAAGAGCCACAGCUGGGUUUGUCCGACGAGUGCCAUCCCUCAGCACAUGACAGUCCAAUCUCCUCUGUUCACUCACACCCUAGCCAGUCCGUGCGGUCAGCAAGCAGCCCAAGUGUGCCUCCAGCUCUGGAGACUAAUGGAACAGGCGGGUACCCUCAAAUCAGCCCAGAUGCAGGCUCCCUCUCUGCUCCGUCUAUGCAGAAUCUGGAAACGACCAGUCCAAUGAUGGAUGUGCCCUCCGUGUCGGACCAUUCACAGCAAGUGGUGGAUAGCGGCUUUAGUGACUUGGGCAGUAUUGAGAGCACAACUGAAAACUAUGAAAAUCCCAGCAGUUAUGACUCCAGCAUGGGGGGCGGCAGCAUUUCCUCACAAAGCAGCUGUUCAUAUGCCAGUAGUGGAAACGGCAGCGGAGCAGGGGGGCUGCAGUCUUCUGCCAGCUUGGCGCAGAACGGUUGUGCCGUGAGCCAGCAAAUGGCUGGAAUGGCAAGCAUGUUGCAGACAACCCAGGCUUGUAGCAUAAAGUCUCCCCAGAGUUGUGCCUCAGAACGUCCUCCUAGCAGCAGCAGCAGUAACAACCAGCCGCCGCCACCUCCCCCUCCACCGCCACCAUUGCCCCCGCAGCAGCCUCAGCCGCCACCACAGCAACAGCCCCCAAUGUCACAAUGCAGCAUGAACAACAGCUUUGGCCCCUCGCAAAUGAUCAUGGAAAUACCAGACCAGAACAAUGGCAGCAAUCUCAGCAUCUACCCAGGGGAUUUUGGGGCUGGUGGCUAUUCGCAGCCCUCAGCCACUUUUAGCCUGGCAAAGUUGCAGCAGCUUACCAACACCAUCAUGGACACUCAUCCUAUGCCUUACAGCCACGCUCAGGCCGUCACCUCCUAUGCAAACAGCGUGUCCCUUUCAAAUUCGGGCCUGUCCCAGCUCACUUCUUCACACCCUUUGGCAGGGGCAUCCCAAGCACAAGCCACCAUGACCCCACCUCCUGCUAUGAACCUACUACCGUGUAAUAUGUCGGCAGGCAACCUUGGCAUCUCCCACAGCCAGCGUAUCCAGAGUCAGAUGCCUGUCAAGGGGCAUAUCUCUAUCCGCUCAAAAUCUGCACCACUUCCUGCUGCCCCAUCCCCUCACCAGCAGCAGUUGUAUGGGCGUAGCACGCCAGGUAUGCAGCCUGCCUCUCGGGCACUCGCCGUCCAGCGGAGCAUGAACAUGGGAGUCAAUCUUAUGCCCACCUCACCGUAUAAUGUCAACACCAUGAACACAUUGAACGCCAUGGGUGGGUACCGCAUGUCCCAACCUAUGGUCAACAGUUCUUAUCAUAGCAACGCGGCCUAUAUGAACCAGACAACACAGUACCCCAUGCAGGUUGGCAUGGGCAUGAUGGGUGCCCAGGCCUAUACCCAACAACCUAUGCAGCCGAACCCCCAUGGAAAUAUGAUGUACACACCUCCUACUCACCACUCCUAUAUGAAUUCCCCUCCUGUCCCCAAACAGACUCUUAACUCCCCCUAUAUGAGGAGAUGAGGGGGGCACCGGAACUACCCCAAAAGUUGUCCUCUUGCAGACUAUAAAUACGGCCUUUUAUACUGACAGGACUUUUAUCCCCUGUUCCUUAUAUCCCUUUGCUGUAGAUUUAAUAUUAUGUUUUUUAUUGUUAUUUUAUUUCCCCUUCCCCCUUGCAAAAAAAAAUAUCAUUUUGAGGGUUUUUGUUCCUGUUUUUCUCUCCAUUUUCUCGUUCACUCUCCAGUUUAUAUGAAAGUGUCGGUGGAUUA